AUGGAGCGACCUCUACCAGUCUCCUCCACUAUACACUCCACUAUACACGGCCUCGUCGGCAAGUUCGUGUUGCUCUUCUGCGGCUUGCACGUGGCGUCCAUCCUCGUUGCACCGCGCCUUUUUGCCACGCACUACAGGCCUCUCUCGCCGUCAGAGCAGAGAGACUGGCACGGGCGCGUGGUGGGCUCUCUGUUCGCGACGGGGAUAGUUUUCGUCGCGCUGCCAGAGUAUCUUUGGCCGGGCGAUGCGCUGGCUGCCGACGAGGCCUUCGGCACUUCUGACCGCGCCAGCCUGGCCUGUGCCAUCGCAGCGGCCUUCUUUGUGUGGGACGUGUUCUUCUGCACCGCCGCCUGUCAGGGCUGGCCAUUUGUGUUACACGCGUCUGCGGGACUCUUCAUUUAUUGGCACGCGCUUCAGCCCUUCCAGCAGCGGGCUGCCUGCUUCUUCCUCUGCUGGGAGGCCUCGACGCCUCUGCUCAACCUCCGCUCGCAGCUUAUUGCGUGUCGCUUAACCCACACACGCACCUUCAGCUGCGCUAACGUGGGCUUUGCCGCCGCCUUCCUCAUCAUCCGGUGGGGCUUUGGCAUGCCGGGGUCGGUGUUUUGGUGGAGCGACUCCAUCGCCCUCCUCCGCGCCGGCGACCCUCGGUUGCGACCGCACGUUGUCUUUGUCACUAUGGCCGCCAACCUCGCUCUCAACUCGCUCAACGUGUGGUGGGGCAGCAAGGUGCUUGCUGGUGUCGCCCGGCUGGCUCGCGGGCGGGGAGAGAGCGGUGCUAGCGGAGGCGAGGCACCCGGAAGCCCCUCGCUAGACGAGGAGCGUGCUCUCGAGCUGCUUCGCCCGACAGACGCGGUGGAGCCUGAGGAUGGCGGUCAGCGCAACAGUCACAGUCGCUUUUUUGUCUAUAUAUGUCUCCACGAAGAUUGGCACACCAUUUUGGACCACCGCACACCAUUUUGGAUCAUAUUUGAGACCUCCACGGCCGCGCUAAACGAGAGGCUCAAAGGGGGCCCCAGACCGCUGCGCUAA